CACCAUGAAGAACCCAUGUCAUCUGGCUACUUUGCUCGUCUGCCUUCAAACGGUCCUGCUGAAGGUCCCAGCACUAGCGAUGAAAGUUACUCAACCCAUAAAGAUCAUUGCUGAGAGAAACAAUGUCACUCUUAAAUGUGCGUACAACAGCACAGGAGAUGGGAAAGCCCAGGUAUUCAGGGUCACCGUUUACAGAAGCAAAGAGGAAAAGAACUCUGAGGUUUGCGCAGCAUCUUUUAAUAACAGCAUGGAGCCUUUUGAGAAGAGAGAUGUACUGCACUGUAUAGGCCAGCCAAGGAGAAACAGUAUAUCGAUAAAGUUCAUCGGCAUGAACAUGUCUCACAGCGACUGGUACUUCUGUAAGGUGGAGAAAAUGAUUCCCCUGCCCUACACAAAGGCCACUGGGAACGGGACUUGGAUUUUCAUCAAGCCGGAUGUGGAAGGUGUGGUUGGCUCAUAUAACCACCAACCGCCUAUUCAACCACACACCAGCAACAAUAUCAAGAUCAACAGCAAUGCCUCCCAGACCAUCUGUAUACAUUCAGCCACAUGUCACAACUGUAAAGAGUAUCCUUCCAGACUUGGCAUAGGUCAGGGUGGGUAA